CUAGUGUUACCAUCUCAUGGCUAACCUGUAAAUUCCCCUCUACCUGUAAAUUCGGCUUUUUACAGGUUGGAGCUAUAUCAUUACUCUAUCUGCCUAUAUCUCUUUCUCCAAUAAUUUUGGAAACAUAUGUCUCAUACAAAAUAUACUCAUAACGAUACUCUAAAUACUAUUACCUAGUCAUAGAAUCUAAAUCAACAAGUUCAUUUAAUUCAUCAUCUCCACCUGUGAAAUUCGUCAUGUCGCGUAUCAGGGCACCUUAACAAACAGUGAGAGAGACACUGACAAAAAUCUCCUGUGCUCUGGCAACAUCCUUACCGCAACCUCAUCCUAACCGUCCAACUGUGGAUGAAAAAUAUUUUUCAUCAUCAAGCUGCCACAGUUGACACAUUUAGCAGCAAGUUCAAUUGAUUGCAAAAUAUUAUUCCAUCAUGUCUUUAGGUACCUUAUAUGUUUUACCAGGAUCUCCAAGAUCCUUCAUUAUUAUGGAUCUUAUUAAAUAUUUCAAAAUUGAUAUUGAAAUUAAAGAUGAUUUAGAAUGUCCUGCUUUUCAAGCCAAAUUCCCAAGCCAUAAGACUCCAGCCUUUGUUGGACCAAAGGGAUUUAAAUUGCAUGAAACUUUAGCUAUUUUGAAUUAUGUUUUAUCUUUUGUUCCAAAGGAUGAACUUAAAGGAUUCUUAGGUAAGAAUAAUGAACAAUAUGCUUCAAUUUUAAAAUAUUUAUCAUUUUUUAAUACUGAAUUUAUUUCUUCAUUUAUUAAAGCCUUAUUUAUGGUUAUUGGUAAAGCUCCAUACAAUAAAAAACUUUAUGAUGAAAAAAUUGAAGAAUUAGAUUUGUACGGACAAAUGCUUGAAUCCAGAUUAUCUGAAUUCACUUAUUUAGUUGGUGAAAGAAUUACUCUUGCUGAUAUUGCAAGUGCUUCUUGUUUCUCUAAGGCUUAUGGAUCUGUCUUAGGUAAACCUUAUGGUCAAAAAUACCCAAAUGUUAUUAGAUGGUUUAACACUGUUAAAUCUCACCCAAUUUUCGCCGGUAGAUUUGAUGAUUUUGUUGCUCCUGAACAACCUUUAACUUUUGUUCCACCAAAGAAGGAAAAGAAAGAACAAAAACCAAAGGAAGAAAAGCCAAAGAAGGCUGCUAAGGAAGUUGAAGAAGAAGAAGAAAAGCCAGUUGAAGAACCAAAGCCAAAGCACCCAUUAGAUCUUUUACCAAGAAUUUCUUUAGAAGAAUGGAAGAGAGUUUACUCUAAUGAAGAUACUAGAGCUAAGGCUAUUCCAUGGUUCUGGGAAAAUCAAUACAAACCAGAAGAAUUCUCUUUAUGGAAAGUUGAUUAUAAAUACAAUGAUGAAUUAACCUUAACUUUCAUGUCCAACAAUUUAGUUGGUGGUUUCUUCAACAGAUUAUCUGCUUCUACUAAGUACUUAUUUGGUACUUUAGUUGUUUAUGGUGAAAACAAUAACAACGGUAUUACUGGUUUCUUCUUAGUUAGAGGUCAAGAUUACGCUCCAGCCUUUGAUGUUGCUCCAGAUUGGGAAUCUUACUCAUACACCAAAUUAGAUGGUAAUGAUGCUGAAACUAGAAAGUUCAUCGACAACAUGUUAGCUUGGGAUGAACCAGUUGAAGUUAAUGGUGAAAAGAGAGAAAUUGCCGAUGGUAAAGUCUUUAAAUAA